AUGGCUUUGAUCCGCUUUAUUGGGCUCAUCGCUCUGUUAUGGUGCCUCUUCUUCCUGUGCGCUAUCGUCAGGCUCGGCUUCUGGAUCCGGGUUAUUCGACUACGCAACUCGUAUAUAUCGCGUGUGCCGGGACCACGACUGGCGGCGUGGUCACGGCUGUGGAUUGCAAGGGCGCUGAUGUCCGGCAGGUCCCAUGAGAUCUGGGUCGAGGCGAAUGCAAAAUUCGGAUCCGUCGCCCGCAUCGGCCCAAACCAUGUCAUCACCGACGACCCUGAUAUCAUCCGCCGAAUCCUUGCGGUCAGAUCUGAAUACGUGCGCGGGCCCUGGUUCGACUCGGUGCGCAUCGACCCCUAUAUCCCCAACAUUGUCUCCGAGCGUAGUGUGGAGAAACACAGCAAGAUCCGCGCAAAACUAGCGCCGAGCUUCACCGGCCGAUCCGUUGCCGCAAUGGAGCCCAUCAUAGACACGCUGGUGCUUGGCUGGAUAGAAAUGCUUCGGAAACAUCAAGUAUUUUCGUGCGAUAUUGGCCAGAAAAUCCAAUUUCUGACCGUCGAUAUCAUCACCAGACUCUGUCUGGGCGACGAGCUUGGAUGCGUCAAGCAUGAUUGUGAUAUGUAUCACAUCCUCGAGACGGUCGAAACCGGAAACCGGCUGGCUAGAAUACCGGCUCUGGCGAAGAUCCUCUUUCCCAGGCCGCACGAUUCCACCGGCGUCGGUCGUCUUAUGGGGAUAGUCCACGAGGUGGUGGAGAGACGUUCCAAAGAAGGCCACAGGACAGGCGAUGUUGUGAGCUCUCUUCUAAAUCAAGGAAUGUCCAAGAGUCAAAUCGAUUCAGAGCUCAUUAUUGCACUCGUGGCCGGCUCUGACACAACCUCCACCGCGGUGCAAAGCACGCUCUUAUCCAUUAUAACAAACCCGCAAGUCUACAACACCCUGCGCGCCGAGAUCCGUCGCGCGGUGUCAAGCGGAGGACAGAUAUCCAACCCUAUUCAAGACACCGAAGCGAAGCAACUCGUAUACCUGCAGGCCUGUGUCCUAGAAGGCCUACGCAUGUUCCCGCCUCUAAGCCAACUGCGCGAGCGCGUUGUUCCACCUGGAGGCGACACGCUCGGCGACUUCUACCUGCCUGGAGGCACUUUUGUUGGGCUGAACGCAUGGGGCGUACAGCGUAGCAAGGCCGUCUAUGGAGACAAUGCCGAGCUCUACUCUCCGGAGCGUUGGCUGGUUGACGACCCGGAUAGGCUGCACGUCAUGUACCAGACGCAUUCGCUGAUCUUUGGGCACGGCUCGACAAAGUGCCUGGGCGUGUCUAUGGCCAUGAUGGAAAUAUCAAAGGUGAUCUUCGAGCUCGUCAGGAAUUUUGACAUAACUAUCGCCAACCCUCACAAACCGUGGGUCAGUCAAUGCUACGGUAUCUUCUUCCAGAAAGACUUCUACGUUCGCCUCCGCGCAGUUGAUCACACUCAGCCCCCAGCCUACGAGGAUUCCAUCAAAUCUGAACCGAAAUAG